AUGGUUGUGACUCUGCCGCCUGCAGCACCCUGCACCACGAUUGCCCCUACGUUCCGUGUGCGCUAUGCGCCGGUCUCCAAUGGGAUGCCCAGGCUCCUGCAGGCGAACCAGAAGCUCGCCCCUUGGCUGGUGGCCGGACUGGCUGCAGCACAGCUGUUCCACACAGGCCCAGCCCUGGCAGCGCCACUGGAAGCGGCGCCAGCACCUGCCGCCGCCACCGCCAGCACACGUGCCCUUGACUUCCUGGCCGAUGCCAGCGGACCCAUCUCCCUGCUGUUGGGCGACUUUCAGAUGCCGGGCCUGACGGACUGGACCACUUCUGGUGCACGCGAGACCCUGGCAGGAGAGGUGCUGGGGCAGGAUGCGGUGCUGGCAGGUCCAGCAAAGAGGCGAACCGGCCUGGAUCCUGCUGGCCGCCCCUGCUACUCUCGCCUGCUGUGCACCGCUGUGUACGUGGCAGCCAACCCAGACGAUGCGGCAGAGUGA